AUGGUAAAUAUAACAGAAUUCUUUAAACAAGAGAAGAAAGGGGGCACUCAGGUAUGUAAUCUUAAUUAGGCAUUGUAGUGAAAAAGUACUAACAAUUGAAUUAGAAACGUAAGGCUAAUGAUGAUACUGCACCACCUUCCAAAAAGGCAAGACCAAUUCCAAAACAAGAAAUAAUUGAUUUAGAUGAUGAAGAGUACAAUGACGAUGAUGAUGUUAUAAUGGAUUCAAUACCAAAAGCUAAACCAAAAGCUACGCCUAAAAAACCUGCCACUCAUAAAAAGACAACGACUACAACUACAUCAAGUUCAAAAUCUAAAGUAAAAUCAGCAACAGAUAUAUUGAAAGAGAUACCCGAUGUUACAUUACCUGAAACAGAAGAAACUGGUGCAUUCGAUUUCCGAGCUGCUAUGGCCAAUAAAAAUGAAACUGUAGUUACUGACAUCACAUUACCGCCUGCUCAACCAAAUUGUUUAACUGGUUUAACAAUUGUUUUCACAGGUCAAAUGCCUCAUAUCGCAAGAGAUUUUGCUGAACAGACUGCUCAAAAAUAUGGUGCAAAAGUUACUAAAUCUAUAUCUGGUAAAACUAGUUUAGUUGUUCUUGGUGCUGAAGCUGGUCCAUCAAAAGUUAAAAAAAUUAAGGAAAAAAAUAUUAAAUGUAUUGAUGAAGAUGGUUUUAUUCAAUUAUUAAGUAGCAUGCCAGCUGAUGGUGGUUCAGGAGAUGCAGCAAAAAAUGCUAAAAAAAAAAGGGAAUUGGAAGAACGAAAAUCAAUUGAAGAAGCUGAAGAAGCGAUGAAGAAAGAAGCUGAAUUAGAAAGAAGAAGAAAAGAAACUCUCAAAAUACAAAUGGAAAAGGAUAAAAAUAGAUCAGAACCAAGUCAAAAUUUUGUACCGCAAGUACAAGAACUUGAUCCAAAAGAUCAAUUAUGGACUGUCAAGUAUGCACCAUCUGAAUUAUCUCAGUUGUGUGGUAAUAAAGGUCAAGUUAAAAAAUUACAAACUUGGUUAGAAAAUUGGUUUGAUUUUAAACAUAAAAAUUUUAAAGUUUCAGAAAAAGAUGAUCCAGGGAAUUAUAGAGCUAUAUUAAUUAGUGGUCCACCAGGUAUUGGUAAAACUUCAGCUGCACAUCUAGUUGCAAAAUCAUUAGGUUAUGAUAUAUUAGAGAAAAAUGCUUCAGAUGUUAGAUCAAAAUCAUUAUUAAAUUCUCAAGUUAAAUCAUUACUUAAUAAUACAUCAGUUGUUGGUUAUUUCAAAAAUAGAGAUGAUCCAAAUGCAAAUCAAAAUAAUAAAAAAUUUUGUUUAAUUAUGGAUGAAGUUGAUGGAAUGUCAAGUGGUGAUCAUGGUGGUGCUGGUGCAUUAUCAGCAUUUUGUAAAAUUACUGAAAUGCCAAUGAUUUUAAUUUGUAAUGAUAAAAGUUUACCUAAAAUGAGAACAUUUGAUAGAGUUACAUAUGAUUUACCAUUUAGAAGACCUCAAGAAAAUGAAGUUAAAAGUAGAUUAAUGACAAUUGCAUUCAGAGAAGGUAUUAAAUUAGAUCCAACAUAUAUUGGUCAAUUAGUUCAAGCUACAUCAAAUGAUAUAAGACAAAUGAUUAAUUUAUUAUGUACAGUUUCAAAAACUCAAAAGAAUAUAAAUUCAGAUAAUAUGGAAGCUGUUUCAAAAUCAUGGAAGAAACAAGUUAUAUUAAAACCAUUUGAUAUUACACAAAGAAUAUUAUCAUCUACCAUUUGGUUAUCAAAAAAUCAUAGUCUUGAUGAUAAAUUGAAUUUAUAUUUUAAUGAUAUUGAUUUUGCACCAUUAAUGAUUCAAGAAAAUUAUUUAAAUACAAAACCAAGAUCAGAUCAAAAUCAUAAAAGUCAUUUAGAAUUAGUUGCAGAAGCUAGUGAUGAUAUAAGUAUAUCAGAUUCUAUAAAUUCAUUAAUUAGAUCGAGUGAACAACAAUGGAGUUUAUUACCAUUUCAUGGUAUAAUGUCAACUGUUAAACCAAGUUUCGAAGUCGCUGGACAAAUAACAGGUAGAUUGAACUUUAGUGCAUGGUUAGGACAAAAUUCAAAACAAUUAAAAUAUCAAAGAAUUUUACAAGAAUUACAAUAUCAUACUAGAAUUAAAACUUCAACCACAAAACAAGAAUUAAGAUUAGAUUAUUUGAAUCCAUUAUGGAAUAAGAUGUCAUAUCCAAUUAAAUAUCAAGGUGAUUUAGGUAUUGAUGCUACAAUUGAUACAAUGGAUGAAUAUUAUUUAACAAAAGAAGAUUUUGAUUCUAUUGGUGAAUUAUUAAGAGCAGAAUUAAAAUUAGAUUCGAGAACGAAAGCUGCAUUUACAAGGAAAUAUAAUUCAAAGAUACAUCCCACAGUUAUAUAUAAAACAGGUAAUUCAUUAACUAAUGGGGGUAGAAAACAAGCAAAAGAAAAAGUAGAUUAUGAAGAUGUUGUCGAUGAUGAUAUGGAAGAUGUACCAGAUGAAGAAAAUGAAAAUGAUGAUAAAAUAGAUUCAAAGAAGGAUAAAUUAAUUAAAGUUAAAGAAAAAGGAGGUGCUACAAAAAGAAAAACACCAGCUAAAUCAUCAUCAGUUAAAGCACCAUCCAGAGAAAGGGCAAAGAAAUAA